AUGUCGUCCCCACUGCCAACGGAGUGCCCUGCAACACACGAUGUUCCCACACUCGUAUUAUCACUCAUACUCUGCACGGGACUUAUAAUAAGUUAUCUUCCGCAACAUCUACGCAUCGUCAAUGCUAAAUCGUCGGAGGGAUUUUCCCCGUGGUUCCUACUCCUCGGAGCCACUUCGUCGGCUUCGGGAAUGCUUAAUUUGCUGAUUGUGCAAUGGCCCCUCUUCCAAUGCUGUCGCAUUCUAAGUGCUGGAAGAUGUUUUGAAUCCCUCUUAGGGUUCUAUCAGGUUACCUUGCAAUGGCUACUCUUCACCAUAAUAUUGGUUCUGUAUCUGGCUUACUUCCCCAAACAUCUGAAAUAUCAACGGGUCAUGCCUCUGUCGUCAGACAUUGAUCAAACUUAUGGAAGUACAGCAGAAAACACGGAAGAACCACUAGUCAGCAGAUCAAGAGUAACAGUCUCUACCACACCUGAGUGGCGACUAGCUAUUACACUUGGUAUCGUUGUAUUUGUGCAUUUGUCUCUUCUAUUCCUCUUAUCUAUCUCAUUACUACUUACACUCCCGACCACCGUUCCACCACAUCCCUUCCUACGAUAUCUAGCCACUUUCCUCGGUAUCUCAGGAACCGUCUUAGCUGUACUCCAAUACGCACCUCAAAUCCACCGAACAUACUAUACAAAACUCGUCGGUGCGCUAAGCUUGGGGACCAUGGUCAUUCAGGUACCAGGAAGUGUCUUGUUCGUCCUCAGCUUGGUAUUCAGACCUGGGACAAACUGGACAAGUUGGUUGGCGUAUGCUGUUACAGGAGGUAUGCAAGGCGCUUUACUGGUCAUCUGUGUUUUGUGGAAAAGAAGACAGAAGAGACUUGGUAUCGAUGACUUUGGUCACCCUCUCAAUAGUCCGCCUUCACUUGCUAACGAGGAACAUCGACCUCUGGUGAACGGAGACUAG